UGGCUCACGGAGAGAAAGAGCAGGGUUAACAUCUCGACUGGAUCGUAAACGUGAAGUGUCUCCCAAAGCCAGGUACCACCGUUUCACUUUAGACCUCAACGUGGCCGCGAGAGACGGCCGUCUGCCUGGUUCCCCUCUCUCCCCCUCCGCUUUUGCACCUCCUCCUUCUGUUCCCUUCCGCCGCUUCUUCCUCCGUUCCCUGACUUUUUUGACUGCAUGUUCAGCCACACUGCCUCCCUCUGCAUCUUCACUUCGGCCCCGCCGCAGCCCCGGCGAGCAUGGACAGUCGGGUUCUCGAGCAUCCUCACGCCCAGUUCGGAGGCUCCUUGGGCGGGCUGGUGGGUUUCCCGUACCCGCUCGGUCCCCAUCACCACCACCAUCACCAGCACGUCUACGAGCUCACAAGCGGACACCAGCUGCAGUCCGCGGCCGCCGUACCUUUCUCUAUAGACGGAUUACUAAACGGUUCCUGCUCGGCCUCGGUGGUCAGCUCCAAUCCACUGCUUUCGUCCGAUGGUCAGCAGUUCAAACUCUCAGAUUCCGGGGACCCUGAUAAGGACAGUCCCGGUUGCAAACGGAGACGUACAAGGACGAAUUUCACCGGGUGGCAGCUGGAGGAGCUGGAGAAGGCUUUCAACGAGAGUCACUAUCCGGAUGUGUUCAUGCGGGAAGCGCUCGCGCUCAGGCUUGACCUCGUGGAGUCAAGAGUUCAGGUGUGGUUCCAAAACAGACGAGCUAAAUGGAGAAAAAAGGAGAACACAAAGAAAGGGCCUGGACGACCCGCUCACAACUCCCACCCGACCACUUGCAGCGGAGAGCCCAUGGACCCCGAGGAGAUUGCACGAAGGGAGCACGAGCGGGCAGAAAAGAAGAAACGGAAACAGGAGAGGAAGCUGCUUAAGUCACAGAAUAAACUUCUUGCAGGUGAAAGCUUCCACACACCUGGAGGCUCGGAGAGUGACAGUGGAGUGUCACAGUUCACUGACAGCGAGCAGCAGCCCGCAAGCAUUAAUGGGACUAUUCACAUCGAACUGCCAGCAACAAAAGGUGCAGGGGAACUCCAAACCAAUUCCAGCUGUGACCAAACACAACAUAACUUCAGUCACCUACAAAACCACACAAACCAAAGAACCACAGAAGAACCAGAGCAGGUAUCUCCAGGCAGCACGCACAGCUCUAGUCCUGCAGGUCAAAGGUCCUCUGCCCUGCAGAAAAGAAACCCUUUCAGCGUGGAGAGCCUCCUCUCUGAUACCAUGCCUCGACGGAAAUCACACCUGGACUUCCCUUCACUGCCCAACCAGAGAACUCUGGUGGGUAAGGGUCAUUUCUUGCUUUACCCCAUUACCCAUCAGCCUUUGGGCUUUUUAGUGCCCCAAACAGCCCUGAAGGCCACACCAUGUCAGGACAUUAACAGACUUAGUCAGGGACAAAGGUGUGUGCCAACUGAGGGGAGCCCGGCUCCCUCUGACCUCUCCAGCUUUGGCAGCAACACCAACCCUUUGAACUUGGAUCAUAUGGAGCUUAACACACAGCAUCACCACAAACACAUGAGCAGGAGAGAGGGAAGCAACACAGAUGAGUGUGGCGGUGACUGCAAUAAUGAAAAACUCCAUGUUUGUCCCCCAUCAAACAAUAUGACUCAGAUAGCUUUGACCAGGCUGAGUUCCACACAGUCCAGUGACACGAGCGAGAAGAGUCUCAAAGUUCAAACAGAGGUUGUGGCCAAUGGCUGCCAGUCUGCUGAGCUGUGUGCAAAAGAAAAGUGUGCAAGAGAGGAGCGAGCAUCUCCAGAUCUCUCCGAGUGUCUCAAGACAAACACAGACUGUCAAGAAACACCCGGAACAGAUGGAGAGGAUCUCGAUAUGGACUAACACUUUCAAGGAGCAAACAUAAACAAAGGACCAGGAACAACCCUCUGACUAUUCAAACAUUCCCAAAGCUCUGCUGAGUGAAGCAUAUCAGGAAUCAGGAGACUUAAUCCUCAUCUAUUUUUUAAUCAGAAGGUGUGAUGAAUCCACAUGGCUCCCCAAAGCUGUGGUUGCCCCAAUAAUCAGGCUUUAGGCCAACUCUGAACCUGCAAACACCUUCAGAAGCAGGUCUCUCUUUUCUUUCUUUCUUUUCAGUGAACAACUUGUAAUAAAACCUAGGCUACAAUAAACAUACACACAACAUAAAUCCUCAGAUAUUGUAAAAAAAAAAAAU